CCACUACUAUGCUGGUGUCUGUUAAGAAAGAACAAGAUGUACAUUUUUGGCAAUGUAAUGGACACUGAAUCAGGAGGAGACAAAGGUGACAAAAGAAUAUUUUGCUGAAUUCUUUCUAAGAACCAUUGGGAACCAACUUGCCUUAUAUUUCCAAAGCCAGGAAGAAUGUCUGAACUCCCUGCACACUGACCUCUCUACAUCAGUCUAGUGAGCAGAGUCUUUCAGCUGACUUCUUCAUCUAUUUGGACCAUGAUGUGGAUGCGAUCACUUCUUGCGUGUUUUAUUUUUCAUCUGUCUCUUUCUCAGUCUCCAAAUGUGCAGUAUGUUCUGCUGGUCCCUUCUGUUCUGCAAGAAAGCUCUAUGGAUAAAGUUUGUGCCCAGCUUUCCAAUCUGACCGAAUCUGUUGUUCUGACUGUCUCCCUCAACUAUGGUGAGGUCUUGACCAAAAUAUUUGAAGAGGAUGUUACAGGAGAAAAUUUCUUCAAGUGUACCAAUUUUGAGGUUCCUCAGGCCAGCUCAGACCCACUGGCUUUCAUCACAUUCUUGGCUAAAGGAGCCACUGUCCUGCUAGAAGAGAGAAGAUCUGUGGCAAUCAGGCGCAAGGAAAAUAUGGUCUUUGUACAGACAGAUAAAUCCAUCUAUAAGCCUGCACAGGAUGUGUUGUUUCGGAUUGUGUCUAUGGAUGAUGAUUUGAAACCUGUUGAAGAAGUGUAUCCAGUGAUCACCGUUAUGGAUCCACACGGUAAUCGCAUACAACAGUGGGUGAACGAGAAGUCUGAGAGAGGUAUCCUGCAGCUCUCUUUCCGGUUAAUCCCGGAGCCCAUCCUGGGGUGGUACACAAUAACCGUGGAGACGACCUCUGAAAAGAAAGAAUAUCACUCCUUCUCAGUAGAAGAAUAUGUACUCCCCAAAUUUCAACUAACUGUGGAUGCACCAGAAACUGUCUUAAUUGUGGACUCUGAAUUCAAAGUUAAUGUCUGUGCCUUAUACACCUAUGGCAAACCUGUAGAGGGCAAUGUUCACCUCAGAGUGUGCCGAGAAUCUACUUUCUAUGGUGACUGUAGACAUCUCCAUUCAAUCUGUAAAAACUUUACUGUUCAGCUGGGGAAAGAUGGCUGCACGUCCCAGCUUAUUAACACGGACGAUUUUGAGUUCAAUCGGGAAGGAUACCUGAGUUACCUUCAAGUGCAAGCUCUUGUCACAGAAAGUGGAACAGGUGUCCAGCUUACAGAAAACAGGAACAUAUUCAUACGCACAUCCAUGGUGAAAAUGCGUUUUGAGAAUAUGGAUACAUUCUACAAACAAGGACUCCCUUAUUCCGGCCAAAUUAAAUUGCUUCAUCCUGAUGACUCUCCCAUUCCAAAUGAAGUUAUCCAGUUGCACUUAGCAGACAAAAUUGUGGGCAACUACACCACAGAUACACACGGCAUUGCUCAAUUCUCCUUGGACACAUCUAAGAUCACGUACCCAAACAUCACUUUGAAAGCAACCUACAAGGACAAUGAAAACUGCAAGGCUCAUGGCUGGGUGUUACCUGAAUACCCUACACCAAAGUAUUUCGUGUACAGAUUUUACUCCAGGACUAAUAGCUUCCUAAAGAUUGUCCCAGAGAGGGAAGAACUGAGAUGUAACCAGCAGAAGCAAGUGACAGUGCACUACCUUCUUAACAUGGAAGACCUUGAAGAUAAAACCUAUACAGUGAGCUUCAAUUAUUUGGUGAUUUCAAGAGGUGUUAUCAUUCUUCAUGGACAACAGAAAAUUGAGAUCAAGGAUGAUGCUGUGAAGGGGGAAUUUUCCAUUCCAGUAGAGGUGAGCACCGAGUUGGCGCCCUCUGCAGUUAUGUUGGUGUAUGGCUUGCAUCCUGCUGGAGAAAUGGUCGCAGACACCGCCAGAUUCCAAAUUGAGAAGUGCUUCAAAAAUAAGGUCAACUUAAGUUUUUCUAAAGAAAGAAGUUCCCCAGGAUCUAGCGUCAGCCUGCAAGUCUCAGCUGCUUCAAACUCUCUCUGUGCUCUUCUAGCUGUAGAUCAAAGUGUGUUGCUCCUGAGUAAUUAUGGUCAGCUGUCCGCACAGAGCGUAUAUAAUCAGCUAUAUUACAAGGAACUAUAUGGCUAUUAUUUCGAAGGAGUUGACUUAGAAGAUGGACGUAAAGAGCCCUGUCUCACAAAUGAACAAAUCCUCUAUAAAGGCAUUUAUUACGCUCCUGUAUGGGCUGAUUUUGGAAAUGAUGCUUAUGACCUUGUGAAGGCAAUGGGAUUAAAGGUUUUUACCAACUCUCAUCUCCGGAAACCUGUGCUGUGCCAAGAUUUAAAAUAUCAGUAUUCGCAUGAAGGACUUUUGGCAACUGGAUCUUCAAAAUUAACUUCAAAUUCAGAACCUCAAGCUGGUGGAUUUUAUCAAGAAACUGUGAGGAAAUCAUUCCCUGAAACUUGGGUUUGGAAUCUUAUCACAACUGACUCCGCAGGAGUCGCCAACCUGAGUCUUACUGUUCCCGAUACCAUUACGCAAUGGAAGGCCAGUGGAUUCUGCAUGAAUGACAACGUUGGAUUUGGCAUCUCCCCAACCAUCCCCCUGACGGCCUUUCAGUCCUUCUUUCUGGAAGUCACUUUACCUUAUUCAGUGGUUCGAGGAGAAUCAUUCAUUCUGAAAGCCAAUGUCUUCAACUACCUGAACAGAAGUGUUCAGAUUAAUACUGAACUGGAAGCAUCUAAACUUUAUGAAGCCAAAUUUCUCUCGAUUAAUGAUGAAAAUGAUUAUACAAGGAGCAAUGAGAAAAAAUCUUUGAGCUGGCUGGUUACCCCACAUAAACUGGGUGUAGUCAACCUCACUAUCACAGCUCAAACCCUGCAGAAUACUAUCGAUGAGAAUGGGUCAUCCCUGGCUCAGGACAUUGGCUGGAAGGAUACAUUGAUCAAACCAUUGUUGGUGGAGCCUGAAGGUAUUAAAAAGGAGACAACACAGGGCUUGUUUAUUUACACCAAUGGAUCCACAGUGUCUCGAUCAGUGGUGCUCACUUUACCAGAUAAUCUGGUGGAAGGGACCCUCAGAGCCUAUUGGACUGUUGUUGGAGACAUUCUUGGUUCUGCCACACAAAACUUACAGAAUUUCCUACAAAUGCCUUUUGGUUGUGGGGAGCAAAAUAUGGCCCUAUUCACUUCCAAUAUUUACAUCUUGGACUAUCUGAAUCAGACUCAACAACUGACAGAAGAGAUAAAAUCCAAGGCUAUUGGGUACCUGACCACAGGAUAUCAGAAGCAGAUGUCUUAUAAACAUCAAGAUGGAUCAUAUAGUACCUUUGGAUAUAACUAUGAGCAGAAAAAUACAUGGCUUACAGCAUUUGUGUACAAGUCAUUUGCACAAGCCCGGCGCUACAUUUAUAUUGAUGACAAAGUACAGUCUCAGACCCUUGUUUGGCUUCUAAGUAUUCAGAAAUCAGAUGGUUGCUUUCCAAAUUUUGGCAAUAAUUUCAACAAUGCUUUGAAGGGUGAAGAAGAUAAUAAAAUCUCACUCACUGCAUAUGUUGUCAAUGCCCUGCUUGAAGCUGGUCACCCAAUCUCAUUUGUGGCAGUUCAAAAGGGUCUUCAAUGCAUAGAGGGUGCAGCUCACAAGAGUGAUUUGACCACGUAUGACCAGGCUGUCUUGACCUAUACUUUCAGUUUAGUAGACAAUAAAGAUAAAAGGGAAUUAUUCUUCAACGAACUGAGCAAAAAGGCAAAGAAAGUAGGUGGCGCAGUCUACUGGGAACUGACAGGGCCAUCCGCCUAUGACCACUGGGCUUCCUCCGCAAAUAUAGAAACAACCAGUUACAUCCUACUGGCUUUCCUUUCUCAGCCAAGGCUGACUUCGGAAGAGCUGUCCUAUGCUUCACAGAUUGUACAGUGGGUGGCAAAGCAGCAAAAUUCCCGUGGAGGUUUCUCCUCCACACAGGACACUGUUGUGGCUCUCCAAGCUCUGACGCUAUUCCAAACACUCACGUUUUCUAAAAACAGACAAAAUUCAGUGCAGAUUUUCUCCGACAAAGCAUUUAAUAGAUCCUUCCUCGUGAACGAUGAGAAUCGCUUGGUGCCACUAGAAAUUAUAAUGCCAGAACCUACAGGACAGUUUACUGUGAAAGUGGCUGGCAAUGGCUACGUAUAUGUGCAGUCAACUCUGAGAUAUAACAUCCUACUUCCCAAGAAGUCAUCUGGAUUUUCCCUUUCUGUGAAUACAGCCAACACGGUCUGCAGAGGAUUGUUGGAUACAAAGUUUGACCUUGUUGUUUCAGCCAGCUAUUCUGGAAAACGCAACUCUUCCAACAUGGCAAUCAUUGAUGUGAAGAUGCUUUCAGGAUAUGUACCUGACAGAUCAUCAGUUCAGAAGCUUCAAGAAGAUGGCACAGUACAGCGAGUAGAAAUUAAAGCCACCCACGUCUUUUUCUAUCUACAGAGUAUUACUCAAAAGAAAAUCCAGUUCUCAUUCUCCAUUGAACAAGACACACUUGUGUCCAACACCAAGCCUGCAUCUGUUCAGCUCUAUGAUUACUAUGCAACCGAUGAAUUUGCAGUUGCAGAAUACAGCACACCAUGCAAUCAGAUAUCCUCUGAAGCCUUCUAGAUCUGGGAUAAGGGAAAUGAGACGGACAAGAAGAUGGCACUUUGGAACUGAAUUAUAUAUCAAAUGACUCUUUCCACUGUUUCAACCAAAUAAAAGAUUCAGAAUCCCCAGCAUGCUCCUAUACUACAGUUCUCCCACCAACAGCAUCCACCCUCAAGCACACCACCACCAACCUGACACUAUCCACAUGACUGUCCCCCAUGGAGUCCCCGUAGCCAGCUUGACUUGUAAGGAAGCACAGUGGGAAGUGCAGGGUCAAUGGGUCCAAGUGCAAAGUUCAACCUGUAGAGACCAGAGCCACUACAUGAAUACUCCUGUAUUCCAGCCUCCAGUCUGGGAGCUCUGGAAGGUGUUCGAGAUAUCUCUCAUGAUGUGCCCUGCAAAUCAGCCUCCACUUUCUCCUAGAGCAGCCUCAGUACUCCUUAAAUUAGUAUUUUUUCCUUUUCUUGCACAGUCUCCCUCAUCUCUUCUUCUUGUUUCCUGAAAUAAAUUAUCUAUAUCCAAGUCCUUGCCUUACUUUUUGCUUUUAGGGGAAAAAACAUAUCACAUUAAUCACUGAAUAAAUAACAAAAUGUUUUGCUAAAUAUAGAAUAUUCUCAUGUACUAAGAACUUAAUUCUGAUAGGCCUUUUGAAUAAAUUUCUGGAAACCAUAGAAAAGUAAGACUGUCAUAAUAUUUAAAUAUAAAUAAAUUUAUUUUAACAGCUAUUGUUUCAUAAAACCUGA